AUGGACGACGGGAACUCGAUCACAACAAAACUCCUUACUCUACUCAAUGUCUCAGCAACUAAAAUUGGCAAAAGAAAGCGAACAGACGAUGAAUUUGUGCCUUCCGAAAAGCUGAACAAACGGAAAUCAGCAACAUUUGCGGAUUCGACCGUGACCUUCGCAGAGAAGGAAAAUGUCGCUGUCGUUACGGCAGUGGAGAAGAACGAGAGCUCUACGGCUGGCGCCUCUGCAGCGGAGGACAAGGAUGAACUGGAUGAGAGCGAAGAACCCUCGUCCUCAAGCAAUAAAUAUGAAGCGCACUUCGGUUUAAAUCCUUCAUGUCUGUCAGAAUCUUCUCGAGCAUCUGUAGAAGCCAAGUCUUGGAAGACAUCAAGAGAGAAAGCCGGCAAAUUGGGUUCAGUGAUCUUGUCGAUUCCUCAAAACUCGGAAGCGAGUACAAGCUGUACAACCGAUAGUGACAUCCUGGACAACUUCAAAACACCGUUUGUCACAAGACAAUCGAAGCAGUCAAAAAACUACGGGGAACUUCAGAAUGACUUAUUGUCGACUCUCUCGACGAGGAAGGACCUGUAUUUGACCUCAACACCUCUCGAAAUCAGAAGACCAACUAGGGAAGCCAUCGCCCUUUACGCCUUGAAUCAUGUCUCAAGGAAGCGCCGUCGUGUUCUCAAAAAUAACGAGCGUCUAACUAAAGCAGCCAAAGCCAAUCCCGACGCCUCUCCUCUCGAAGACGUCCAAGACCAAGGCUUCACCCGACCCUCCGUCCUGAUCCUCCUUCCAUUCCGCUCCUCGGCCCUCGAUUGGUUCCGGGCCCUCACAUCUCAUACGCCGCCUCCUGCCUACCAAAUUGAAAAUCAAUCCCGAUUCCUUUCCGAGUACGGUCUGCCUGACGGUGCUGUUGACAAGCUCCUUGCUGCCGAACCUGGGACGUAUCCGCAUGAUCAUGUUGAGACGUUCAAAGGAAAUGUGGACGACAAUUUCAGGAUCGGUGUGAAGAUGACACGGAAGACUAUAAAACUUUUUGCGGACUUCUACAGAUGUGAUAUCAUCAUCGCGAGUCCCCUUGGUUUGCGUCGGUCAAUAGAGAAAGAAAAAAAUGGUGAUUACCUAUCAUCAAUAGAGGUCCUCGUCAUAGACCAGAUGGAUGCCCUUACGAUGCAAAAUUGGGAGCAUGUGAAGUUCGUCAUGUCACACAUGAAUAAGCUGCCGAAGGAAUCCCAUGACACCGAUUUUUCCCGCAUAAAACCCUGGUAUCUUGACGGACAUGCUUCGUACCUCCGACAAUCUAUCUUACUUUCGGCGUAUGAAACGUCAGAGACUCGCGCCCUAUACAAUACAUCCCUGAAAAAUGUUGCUGGAAAAAUCAGGACGGAGAAACGAUGGCAGCCCAUUGAAGUGCCAGCUGGUAUCGACCAGGUCGGCGUUUUCCAUCCAUCCCUCUCUCUGGUCCUGAUCUCUUGCCAGCGCUUCGUUCAUUUUGAUUGCACCAGCCCAGUCGACGAACCUGAAAAGCGUUUCCGCCAUUUCACAACGCAGCUCCUCCCCUCCAUCUUGAAAUCUGCCGUGCAAAGCACGAACACCAUCAUCUUCAUUCCCUCUUCCUUCGACUUCAUCCGAGUCCAAAACUACUUCCGCAAAUCUAGCGGGACGACGUAUACCAUCCUCUCCGAGUACUCUACAAACCAAGAUAUCUCUCGCGCCCGACAGGCCUUCUUCAAGGGCGACAAGGCGUUCCUCCUCAUCAGCGAACGGUUCCACUUCUACCGUCGGUACAAGAUCCGCGGGGUGCGGAAUAUUGUUUUCUAUGGUCCCCCUGACCAUCCUCAAUAUUUCACGGAGUUCUUGUCGCACCCCUUCCUCGACGAGGGUGUCGAACCCUCUGAUGUCACCUGCAAGGUGUUGUUCUCGAAGUAUGACCGAUUCAAGCUGGAGAGAAUUAUGGGCACGGAAGCUGCUGUCGAGCUGAUAAAGUCAUCGUAA